AUGUCGGACUUCGAAGAUGAGAUGGACGUUGAUGCGCCAGCCGCAAACAAUCCGGUUUUGUUCAGCUCAGAUAACACGAAUUCCAAAGGCAAACGAAGUGCUGCGAAUUUACCAGUUGAAGCAGAAGAUAGUCUGCCUUGGGUAGAAAAGUAUCGUCCAGAUACGCUAGAAGAUGUUUCUGGUCAUCAAGAUAUUCUAGCGACCGUCAAUCGAUUCGUAGAAACAAACAGAUUACCACAUUUACUAUUUUAUGGUCCUCCAGGAACAGGAAAAACUUCAACCAUCCUAGCUCUCGCUCGAAGAAUAUACGGCGCAAAGAAUGUGCGGCAGAUGGUGCUCGAAUUGAAUGCGUCCGAUGAUCGUGGUAUCGAUGUUGUCCGGGAACAGAUCAAGACGUUUGCAAGCACGAAGCAGAUAUUCACGAUGAACCAGACUGCAGCCACGGCCGUGCCGACAUAUAAGCUUAUUAUUCUGGAUGAGGCAGAUGCUAUGACUUCAGCGGCACAGAUGGCAUUGAGACGAAUUAUGGAGAAAUAUACAGCAAAUACUCGAUUCUGCAUUAUCGCGAAUUAUACCCACAAACUCAGUCCAGCGUUACUCAGUCGAUGUACCAGAUUCAGAUUUAGUCCUUUGAAGGAAAGAGAUAUCAGAGUUCUUGUUGAUAAGGUCAUCACGGAGGAAAAUGUUCAAAUAAAUACACAGGCAACAGAGGCGCUUGUGCGAUUGAGUAAGGGAGAUAUGCGAAGAGCGCUGAAUGUAUUACAGGCAUGUCAUGCAAGCAGCACACCAAUCCACAUUAAGGGAACGCCAAAACCAGCAGAAAAGGACAUCAAAAGAGAUCUGAUAACCGAAACAACUAUUUACGAGUGUAUUGCAUCACCACACCCCGAGGAUAUUACCAAAAUCUUAGAUACACUCCUCAAAACUUCCGACGUUACGUCUUGCUUACAUCUUAUCAACACCUUGAAGGCCAGUCAGGGACUAGCAUUGGCAGACAUCAUCACCGCAUUAGGUGAAGAGUUAACGAAACUCGACGUCGCGCCCGCCGUGAUGAUCACCUGGUUGGAUGGACUAGCAGAAGUGGAAUACAGACUUAGUGGUGGAGGCGGAGAAAUUGUGCAGACAGGUGCGGUCGUUGGGGUUGUGAGAAACGGUGUCGAGCUUAUGGGAAAUGCCACAUGA